AUGGAUCAUAAUCCAAAAGAUCUUCCACAUGGACCACAUUGUGCCAUGGGAGGGAGAACUACUGACUUUGGAAAAAUAUCUGACUUGAGUCAUCAUGUGUGGACCUUUUCUGGUGAAGACCUUGUGUCAGUUCCACGGAGAAGCAACGUAACUCCAGUCACUGUCACCGUUAUUCCAUGCAAGUAUUCAGUGCCUCCUAAACAAAACUCCAGGUUUCCCAUUUAUUUGGGAAUAAAGGAUCCAGAAAAGUGUCUGUCUUGUGAGAAGAUGGAAGGAAAGCCCACACUGCAACUGAAGGAUAAGAAGAUCUUAGACCUGUAUAAUGCGCCUGAACCUGUGAUAAGCUUCCUUUUCUACAGAAACCAGACUGGCAGAACCUCCACCUUUGAGUCGGUGGCCUUUCCUGGCUGGUUCAUUGCCUCCUCUGAUAAAGGCCAGCCCCUUUUCCUCACUUCAAACCCAGCGGGAACAGACAAUAUUGCCUUUAUCUAUAAGAAAUCUAAUUAA